AUGACUGUAUUUAAUUCUCUGUGUAUCUCUCUCUCUCUCUCUCUCUCUUUCACUCCCUCUCUCUUCUUUCUCCGUUAUUCUUCAUUCUUUCUCUUAUUCACCAAUUCUUUCUUUCUUUCUUUCUUUCUUUCUUUCUUUCUUUCUUUCUUUCUUUCUUUCUUUUGUUAUUUCAUGCUUUUACAUGAGCUGGGGCAGAUACGAACGCACGUGCACACAGAUGCAUGCAAAAAUAAGCACACUUUUCUGCAAACCAGGCCUUACACUCGACUCGCCACCCACCUACUUCCAGAACAAUCGCAUCUGCCGUGGCCUGAUCUCUUACUCCCCGCCUUCUUAACAUCGAUUGCUCCACCGCCAACCAAUACCGUCCCAGACUUCUUUUUAUCCCCUCCUUUCUCUGACCAUCUCUUUGAAACUCACCACCCCCACACCAAAACCUUCAUGUCCUACCCGAGUUUUACAGUGGGGGUGGUUGUGUUGUUUUCAUUUUCCUUUCAUCCACUAUGUCUAUUCUUUGAACGCGAGCGCGCUCACACACACACAUUUUUCUCUCUCUUCCUCUCUUUCUUUACCGCUCUCUUCCCCCCCUCUCUCUCUCUCUAA